UGCACAACGCCAAAGGCGGGUCAGCUGUUUGAUAACGCUUGAUUAUUUUACGCAGCGCACAAACGCGUAAGUUUUCUGCGAAAACUUGCGAUUUUGAAUAAUCAAAACAAUAUGGAUUCUAUUGACGAGGUGUUGAUCAAAAGCGUCAAGCAAAACGUGUGCUUGUUUGAAAAAGGGCCAUCAGCUAUUCACUCGAAAGCCGACAGGGAGCACGCGUGGAUUUUAGUGGCCGAAGCCUGCCAGAGAUCAGUCGAAUAUUGUCAAAUAAGAUGGAAGACCCUGCGGGACCGCUAUGUGCGGGAAAUUCAGAAGCCCUAUCCCACGCAAAGCAGUAUUCAUAGGGUGGAAGACCUGGAGUUCCUCCGGGAUCACAUAAGGCUAAGAAGGUAUCAUACCGUUUUAACUAACUUCAAUGACAUUAUGUUCUUAAAUUGAAGGCCAAAGAGAGGACAAAACACAUCGGCUCCCGAAGAGACCGAAGAAAGUCUAGCAUACGAAGAACCCUUCGAAAAGCAGAUGCAUAUCAACGAAUAUCCGCAUGAGGAGUUCAUAAUUGAGUACAAGAGCGAUGGCGACUACUUCAGUGAGCUGGAUAACUCCAGCGUGGAGUUCAUUGCGGAGGAGCCAGUCUGCCAUACUGGCAAUGAAAUGCCAAAUGAGCCGACGACACCGGCAAGUUUUCCCAACUCUACUGUGCCGGAUCUAAAUCAGGCUCAGACCAAGUUUUUGGACGUUAUGCAUCUUAUAGAAGAUGCUUUGAGCUCAAGGCAAGCGGUACCGCAGGACCCCUUCUACAAGUAUCUGGAAAGUGUCCUGAGCAGCGUCAACGUAAGCUCUCGCAGGGAUAUACAACUAAAAGUACUCAAUUUUGUCAAUGAUGAAAUCAGGAGGACUGGCCAAACCUAAUCUUAUAUAGAUUAAAUUCCUAUACGUAAGGAUACCUACCCG